AAUCCCUGCUCCCGCAACGUGUCACACAUUCACAUGAAGAGAAGAAUGCAGCAGCAGGAUGACCAGCGGCAGGCGCAGGGCCCGAAUCGCGACCCCAAACGCUCGAGGCAGCAGGUCGAAAAGCGGAUUUGCAAAUAUUACGCAGAAGGCACCUGCCGGAAAGGGAAUUACUGCGACUUCGCUCAUGUGCGCGGAGACGUCGGUGGCGUUGAGGAGCAGUCGCGCGAGCGUCGGAGCGGCAUGGCUGCUAGUGCGGGGCAAAGACGUGGAUUCGCCGGCAGCGCACAGCGCUCGCCCUUCGGAGCGCUCAAGGACCUCAGUCGGCGUACGAGCCUCCGUUCCGAUGAGGAGAUAAAAGACUUCCUGGGCUCCGCCCUGCAGAGCCUAUCGGACCCUGUCGUUUCAGAGCAGGCCCUGCAGAUGCUGUGCGGCGCACGGAUCGGCACAGCAGGCGGUGGCGCCGACGAGAAGUCCAACGCCCCCGCACACGUCGAGCUCCUGUUGAAAGACAUGUCAGAGCGGUACAAGGUCGGCAAGCUCACGGACAAGGUAUUCCGCGAGCGCGUGGUGCCGCUGCUGCGCUUGCUUUCUGAUGAUGCCGUAAUUGAUUCACUGCGGUCGCACUGGACCAGCCCGCUACUUAACAGCGUGCUUCAUAAGUUCGACUGGUGCGCGCUCGCGAGCUGCUAUGAGCGGCUGUCGCGCGGCGAGCUGUCAGUGGAACGUGGAGGGGCGAGCGCGCAGCCGCUGCGCUGGUUGCCCUGCUCCUCCCUGGAUGCGCUGGAGCCGCCCGCCCGCCUGCUCAACGCCCUGCUGGAGCGAUUCCAGCUGCCGGCAGACCGCCAGCCGCUGCUCGCGCUCGAGCCAAACAGCAGCAGCUUGUCAUCGCCGGAGCAGCAACAGCAGCGGCAGCAGCAGCAUCAAGGCUUGGCAGCCGCGGGCGCCGCCAGCGGGAGCAGUACUGCACGUGCGGGGCAGCAGCAGCCCGGCAGCGGCAGCGGCAGCAAGGCCUCCAGCGCGGCGCGUGCCGCUGAACCGGCCGCCAAGCGUCUAUUGGAUGUGCUACAGGAGCUGCACACCUCAUUGCUGGCUGCAGCGCCGGCCGCAGGCGGGGGCCACGAGCAGGCCUGCCGAAGGCGGCGGCUGCAGGAGGUGCUUCGCUCGGCCCGGCGGCAGCUGCAGCACGGCAGGGACCGUGAGGUGGUGCUGGACGAGGCGGAGGCGGCGCAGCGCCGUCGCGCGGAGGCGGCGCGGGAGGCGGCGGCGCGAGGCGACCGCGCCGCGGUGGUACGCCUGCAAGACCCCGACCACCUGCCGGGAGAGCUGCGGCUGAGCGGUGCGGCGCGCCACGACAACGACGCCGCCGACUACCGGCGCAUCCAGGUGGUGCCCACGUGCGCCGAGCUGCUGUGCGCGCAGGAGCCCUACCUGCCCAGCAACAGGCCCGGCAGCAUGCCCCACCUGGCGGACGACCCGCAGCGGGCGCGGCUGGAAGUCAACUUCCGACUGCUGCGACACGACGCGAUCGCGCCUCUGGCCACCGCCCUGACCGCCUUCCUGCGCAUUGGCGGCCUGGCUGUACUGCCGCCACUGCCGCCCGCCGAUGACGACGGCCGCGGCCCUGCCUUCCACCGCCACCCUCGCGGCGGCGGCGGCGGCGGCGACCGGCUCCGUUUUGAGGGCGGCACGCAGCUGUUCGUGUACCGGGACGUGCGGUUUGAGGGGCUGGAGCUCACCAAACACGACGGAGCCGUGCUCAAGGUAUCGCUGCGGCAGCCGCAGCAAGCGCAGGCCCGCGCCCCCACCACCCACCAACUGGAGGAGUAUUGGCGCCGCUCCAAGCGCCUAGCACACGGUACCCUGCUGGCCUUCUGGUGGGAGCCCGCGGCGGCGACAGCAGGUGGCGCUGCUGGUGGUGCCGCGGGUGCCGCCACAGCCGGAGCCGCAACUGCAGCAGGUCGCGUCGGUGGCGGAGCUGGUGGUGGUGGUGGUGGUGGUGGUGGUGGAGCUGGUGGUGGGGGCCGGCCAGCGCCGCAGCCGCGGCUGGUGGUGGGUGUGGUGGCGCAGAGGGAGCCCAAGGACCUGGCGCAGCAGCGCGCGCAGCUCGGCAUCAGGCUGGUGUCGCGGGCUGACUAUGAGGCGCUGCUGGGCGCGUGGCUGGAUGCGGCUGCGGGGUGCGGCGGCGAGGUGGCGCUGGUGCAGGAGCACAACAGCUUCUUCGCGUACGAGCCCGUGCUCAGGGCGCUGCAGGAGAUGACAUGCAUUCCUCUGGCACAACACCUGGUGCCAGGCUUCGCGCAGCCGCCACCGCCCUCGCCCGCCGCCGUCCUGGCCGGCGGGUCUGGGGCGCACACUGCCACUGCUGCCGCGGCUGCCGCGGCUGCCGGGGCCGGUGGCGGCGGGCCCCCUGAGCUGCAGCUGCUGUGUCCUGCCUACCUGGCCGACAACCCCGUGUGCGACCUGAGGCACAUCGCGGACAAGCGGCGGGUGCUGGCGCUGCCGCAGGAGGAGCGAGUCAGGGUGCUGCGCGCGCUCAGCCAAGCCGACCUGUCUGGCGGCGGCGGCGGCGGCGGCUUCCCGCUGUCGGAGCUGCUGGCAGCUACCACGCUGGACGGCGCGCAGGCGGAGGCGCUGCGGGCGGUGCUCAGCCGCGAGGUGGCGGUGGUGCAGGGGCCUCCGGGAACAGGCAAGACGUAUCUGGGAGUGGUGAUGACCAAGGCGCUGCUGUGCAACACGCGCAACUCCGCGACCGAGUACAACGAAGGCGAGACGGGGCGCGACCAACAGGGGCGGCCCGGCCGGGGGCGGCCCCCGCGUGGCGGGUCUGCUCCGGGAGCCGGCGGAACGGCCGCGUCGCUGCCCACGUGGAUUGCCGAGUGCGUCGGCCCGGAGGCGGCGGCACCUCCUCCCUUGGACGCCGCUGCAGCCGCAGGCCCCGCAGGUGCCGCGCCGCCGCCGCCGCCGCGCCCGGACAUCGGGCCCGUGCUGGUGGUGUGUUUCACCAACCACGCACUGGACUCGUUCCUGGAGGGGCUGCUGGACGCCGGCGUGACGCAGCAGAUUGUGCGGGUGGGCUCCAACAGCAGGGUCGAGCGCCUGCAGCAGUUCAACCUGCGCAACCUGCAGGACAGGGCGUACGGGCUGCAGCCGCUUUACGCGCGCAUUGAGAAGCUGGCGGCGGAGGCGGAGGCGCUGAGCGGCACGCUGCAGGCGCUGGCGGGCGGCGGCGCAUGCAUGGGCGGCAGGCCCCUCAACUGGCGCGAGCUGGAGCCGCUGAUGCUGGAGCGCUACCCCGCUCUGCACAGCUCCUUCCGCCGCGGCCGCCGGCCCUGGAACCGCCGGCCUGAGGAGCUGGCGCAGGAGCAGCCGCCCUUCGUGGUGCCCGACGGCCUGAUCCCGGCCGAGGGCGAGUUCCAGCAGCAGGGGCGCGGGCCGCAGCAGGGGCGCGGGCCGCGGCCGCAGGAGGACGACGGAGGCGGCUGGGAGGUGGUGGGGCCCAGGGGCCGGCGCGGCGGCAAGCAGCGCGCACCCGGAGGCAGCUAUGCGGACCUGGUGUCUGACGACUGGCUGCGGAGUGCGCCGGACAAGGACUGGCGCGUGGGGCGGGUGCGGCUGGAGGCGGAGAGGGCGGCCGCGGCCGCCAUGGCAGCGCAGCGCGCCUCAGGCGGCAUGAUUGCAUCCGAUGACGAGGCGGAAGACGACAUGAUGGAACUGGACGGCUUUGGAGCCGCAGGUGGCGGCGCCGCCGGGGGGGUUGCGGGCGGUGGCGGCGCAGGCCCGGACUGGUGGCGCGCCGUGACCACCGCACGCGACGCCGCGUCGGGGCCCCUCCUGGGCCUGUUCGCAGGAUCCGCACGCCCUGGCGGCGCCGGCGGUCCGGCGGCGGGUGCUGGUGGCAUGGUGCUGCCGCCGCCUCCUCCGCCACCGCCGCCGCCUGCAAUGCGCGGCAACGCGCCCGGUGCUGCCGCUGGGGCGGCGGGCCCUGCAGCGGCUGCUGCUGCUGCCACUGGCCGCCUCGCCCCCGCUCCCGCGGCUGCGGCCGCUGGUGCAGAGGCGGAUGAUGAGGGCGACGAUGCCGCGGAGCUGACGCCAGCGCAGAACGCGGCCCGUGCGGCAAUGGCGCGCAUGCGGCAACAGGCCCAGGAGAUGGAGGCAGCCAUGGCGGCCGCGGCACGGGAGCGGGCGCAGGAGCAGCAGCAGCAGCAGCAAGAGGGGCAGCAACAAGAGGGGCGGCAGCAGCCGCGGCAGCAGCAGCAGCCGCAACGGGGCCCUGCUGGGCAGGAGGGAGAGGCGGCUGGCCCCCAGCAACAGCAAGGUCGACAGGGGCGGCGCCACAGGAGGGCAUCGGGCCGCUCGGAGGCAGCGAGUGAGGCGGCGGAGGAGGCGGAGCUGCCGGCGCCCCCGGCCCUCGCGCUGCCGCCCGCGGAGGUGCAGGCGAUGUGUGCACGGUCGCGGCCGACGGCGGAGCUGCUGGCGGCGGAUGACGUGUGGUGCAUGAGCAGGUGUGAGCGGCAGCGGCUGUACACGGAGCUCCAGCGGCUGCGCUACCUGCGGCUGCUUCAGGAGGUGCAGGAGGUGCAGCAGGAGUUCGAGCGGGCGGAGGCCAUGAUUAAGGAGACGCAGAACGCGGCCAAGCUUUCGGCGCUGCGCGCGGCCCGUGUGGUGGGCAUGACUACUUCGGGCGUGGCGCGCAUGCAGGAGCUGGUUGCAGCCAUGAAGCCCCGGGUGCUGUUGGUGGAGGAGGCCGCGGAGGUGUACGAGGCGCACGUGCUGGUGUGCCUGUCGCGCAGUGUGGAGCACCUGGUACUCAUCGGCGACCACGAGCAGCUGCGGCCCAAGCCCAACGAGUACUGCCUGCAGGUGGAGAGCGGCAGGGGCCUGGACCUGGACCUGUCGCUGUUUGAGCGGCUGGUGCGGCAGGAAGGCCUCAGCGUGGCCUCCCUGCAGGAGCAGCGCCGUAUGCGGCCGCAGAUCAGCCAGCUUAUCCGCGGCACCAUCUACCCGCACCUGCGCGAUCACCCCCUGGUGGCCUCGCACCCGCCCCUGCGCGGCCUGGCGCACAACGUCUUCUUCCUGGACCACGACCACCCCGAGGGAGGUGCAGGGGCAGCAGCGGGAGGCGGUGGAAGUGGUGGUGCGGCUGCGGCGGCGGCGGCGGGCGAGGACCGCUCAAAGUACAACGAGUGGGAGGCGGCCUACUGCGUGCAGCUUGCCCGCUACCUGCUUAUGCAAGGCUACGACCCGGGCAGCAUUGUGAUCCUGGUCACCUACACAGGCCAGCUGCACCGCGUGCGUGACGAGAUGACGCGCGCCAACCUGCGCCUGGUGGUUUCGGACCGAGACCGCGAGCAGCUGGACAAGGCGGGGCUGGCGGCCGAUGAUGACGACACCGAUGGCGUCUCGGAGGACAUCGGCGCAACGCAGCAGGAGGCAGCAGCGGCACCAGCAGCCGCAGCCGCGGCGGGCGGCGGCAGCGUGCGCGUCCUGACGGGCGACGAGGACGCCGCCGCCAUGCUGCGCGGCGGCGGCAGUAGCGGUGCCGGCGCCGGCGGCGCCCGGCCCGCAGGCAACUUCGGCAGCGGCUUAAAGCCGCCGUCUUCGGGGCGACAGGGCGGCGGCGGGGCAGGUGGGCAAGAGCCGGUGGGCGAGAGGCUGCCUGACGGCUGCCGUGUGGUGACGAUGCGCGAGGGCAUCCGCUGCGCCACCGUUGACAACUACCAGGGCGAGGAGGCGGACGUCAUCCUGCUGUCCACGGUGCGCAACGCCAAGGACGGCCGCAUCGGCUUCCUGCGCCUGCGCAACCGGGUGAACGUGAUGCUCAGCCGCGCGCGGCACGGCAUGGUGGUGCUGGGCAACCAGGCCUCGCUGCGUGCGGGAGCCGAGAGGUACCGGGUGCCCAUGUGGGGCCAGGUGCUGGACAUGCUGCAGCAGGACGGCUGCGUGGGGCCCUGCCUCAAGACCAAGUGCGUCAACCACGGCGAGGAGACGGAGAUUUGGGACGUGGGCGACUUCGGACGCCUGGUGGGCGACGGCGGCUGCAGGCGGCCCUGCGGCGUAGCCAUGCCCUGCGGCCAUACAUGCCCAAGGAGCUGCCACGCCGACGACCGCGAGCACCGCUACGUCACCUGCACCAAGCCCUGCAACCGCCUGCACAAGCCUUGCGGCCACGCCUGCGAGCGCACCUGCGGCGAGCCCUGCGGCCGCUGCACGCAGCGCGUAAACGAGCCGUACCAGCUGGAGUGCGGCCACGCCGGGCCGCAGGGCGUGCAGUGCUGGAAGCGCUACGCCACCGGCACCGAGGCCAUCCGCUGUCGCGAGCUGGUGGAGGUGACGCUGCCGGCGUGCGGCCACACGCUGGACGUGCCCUGCUGCGAGGCGGAGGGCGUGCGCACCGGCGGGCGGCCCUGCAGCCAGGUGGUGGCCGUGGAGAUGCCGGCGUGCGGCCACAGCGUCCGCGUGCCCUGCGGCGAGCGUGCGGCGCUGCUGGCGGACCCCACCCGCUGCACCGCUGCGUGCGGCGCGCGGUUGGCGUGCCUGCACGAGUGCGGCGGCACGUGCGGCGGCUGCAUGCGGAGCGUGCUGGGUGCGAAGUUCGAUGAGCUGAUGGCGCAGGGCUUCAUCGCUGGUCAGGGUGCGGAGCUGGGCGACGCCUGGCGCCGCGCCCACCGCGAUGCUCACUUCGCGGAGGCAAGGGGCUCCGCCAAGUUGACCGCAUGGCUGCGGUUCCUUUCCCCGGAGGGGCCGGGUGCGGCCUUCCGCGGCCGGUUCCUGACCUGGGUCAAGGGCCGGCUCACGGGUGCUGAAGGCGAAGCAGGAGCUGACGCCGCCAGCCCCUACGCAGCCUGCCACGCCGCCUGCAAACAGCCCUGCGGAAAGACGCUGGUGUGCGGCCACGACUGCGGCAUUCGGUGCCACGCCGGCUCGCCCUGCGCGCCCUGCGCCAGGCCGUGCUGGAUCAGCUGCGCGCACCACCUCCGCUGCCACCGCAAGUGCGGCGAGCCCUGCGUGUCCUGCGCCGAGGCCUGCGUGUGGCGCUGCCAGCACCGCGGCGCAUGCACCGCACCCUGCGGCGCUCCCUGCAACCGGCUGCCGUGUGACCAGCGCUGCAGCCGCAAGCUGGCGUGCGGCCACCGCUGCCCGGGCCUGUGCGGCGAGGAGUGCCCCUCCCAGCGCUUCUGUGUGGACCCGGCGUGUCUGGCCAAGGCCGACAGCAACAUCAAAGACCAGCAAGUGGACGUGGUGAUGAUGCGCUGCCUGGGCGAGCUGUCUCCCGAGGACGUGGACGCCGACCCGCUGGUGGUGCUGCCGUGCCGCCACGCCUUCCUGGUCAGCACCCUGGACGGACACCUGGACAUGGGCAGGUUCUACGCCAAGGACGCGCACGGCCACUGGCUGCAGCCGCUGCCGCUGGGCGCCGAGUCUGGCGGCAAGAGCCCGGUGGUCGGCUGCCCCACGUGCAGGCAGCCCAUCGCCGGCGUGCGGCGCUACGGCCGCGCGGUCAACAAGUCGGCCCUGGACCUGACACACCGCAAGCACAUGCAUCGCUGGGAGGGCAAGCUGGCGGAGGCGCUGAUGCAACUGGAGCACCUGUGGCGCCACGUGGAGGAGCCCGCGACGCAGCCGGCCGCGGCUGCCGCGGCUGCGGCAGCAGGGGGCGGCAGGGCGGCCCGCGGCAUGCACGCGGAGCUUGCGCAAGUGGAGGGGCGGGUUCUGGAGCAGAUUGCGCGCGGUAGCCAGCGGCGGCAGCUCGCGCUGGACCCGGGUGCAAUGCUGGCGCCGAUGCACGCAGUGCUGGCGCACACGCGCCGCACGCUGCGCCUGUUUGAGGACGUGUGCGACGCCUACCUCAGUCCGCCGUUGCGCUUGGUGUACGAGGCUGCUCUGGCGCAGCUGCAGCGGGACGAGCAGGCGGAGGCCGCGCCGCCCGCCGCCGUUGCCGCAAGCGCUGCAGGCGCCGCUGCUGCUGCUGCGGCGGCGGCGGCGACGGCGGCGGCGGCGGGCGGUGCCUGCACCUCCGCGGCCAGCAGCAGCGUGCCGGCGGCCGAACCUCCUGACGGCGAGGAGGAGGCGGCGGCGCGGGCGCGUCGUGCGGCGUGGCUGCAGCUGGCACACCAGGACCUGAACUCGCUGCGGCCAGACACCACACUGCUGUGCAAGGCCUGGUGCGGCAUCCUGGGAUGCGGUGCCGUGUACGUGGCGGCGGGGGCGGCAGGUGUGGCCCGCAUGAGCGCGCUGCUUGGCGGCGGCGGCCAGCGGCAGGCACUGCUGGCGCUGCCCCGGCGACUGCAGAAUGUGGUGCGCGCGCACCUGCGGCCGCAGCUGCAAUACCUGCUGUUCGACGCCCUGCUCGCAUGCGACCGCCUCCUCUACCAGAGCGCGCCGGCCUGGCGCCGACAGGCAGUCGCUGGCCGCUCCUACAACAGCGCCUUCGCGCUGAGCGAGGCGGCUAUGCGCAUGGGGCUGGCGCAGUUGCAGCUGGUGGACGCGGCGGCGGGCCUGCCGCGCAGCGAGGAGGCGGCGGUGCUGCGCGGCGCGAGCCUGAGCUUCAAGGUUUUAGACGAUAUGCGGGAGGCCGUCAUCCAGCAGGUGCGUGCGGAGGGCGACACCGCCCUGGCGCUGUACCGCGGCGAGAGCGGCUUCGCGGCGAUCGGCUACAGCAAUGUGCACAUCGAGGCGGUGGAGCAGCUGCUGGGACAGCUGGACCGGCUGGCGGAGCAGGUGACGCUGCAGGACGUGAUGGAGGCGCUGCGUGCGGUGGCGGCACACGAGUACGGCGGUGGCACGGACGCCAUGGGCUGGCUCACGGGGCACCUGUACCAGUGCCCCAACGGCCACCUGUACACCAUCGGCAACUGCGGCGGCGCCAUGCAGCAGUCGGUGUGCCCCGAGUGCGGCGCCGUCAUCGGCGGCGGCCAUCACCAGCUGGCGGGCGGCAACGCACCAGCCAGCCAGACGCUGCAGCAGCUGCAGCAGCUGGCGGCGCGCCGCUGAAGCAAGAAUUCGAACAUAUGUAGUUAUGUACGCAUGCGUGGCCGGCUGUGGCGUGGAGAUGGUAUAUAUCCAGCCAGGGCACUGCAGACGUACGGCGUGUGUUUGGUGGGUGUUGCGUUGUCAUGUUGACUAAGUUGCUUUCAAGUAAGGGAACACUACAAACAGAGUCUGGUCGAGGUCUGGUCCAUUGGGAACAUGGCACACCGAAGCGAUGGCGACAGCUAGCCCUGGAUGCCCUGGAUCGGCCGAACUGACAAGGAUGGGCUGUACGGUAUGCUCCUGACAUACGGCAGGUUGUAACAGGCUACCUGU